UCAAAAGUAUCCUGCUAUAUCGCCACUCCCUCUAUAUCUACACUACCUCUCAGCAAUCCACAGCCAAAAUGGGUGGAGAAGGCUGGUUAUUCCUCUUUGCGGUCCUUAUGGCCGCCGUAUUGCUCUUCACCAUGGUAUUCUUUAUCAUCAUGUUCUCUGACCUGGAAUGUGAUUACAUCAACCCUAUCGACUUGUGUAACAAGCUCAAUCAAUUCGUUCUCCCCGAGAUGAUCGCCCAUGCCUUUCUCACACUCUGUUUCCUUUUAUCCGGUCAAUUCAUUGCUUUCCUGCUCAACGCACCUUUAGUGGGGUAUAACGUGAAUAAGAUCAUGGCCAAAAAUCAUAUGUACGACGCCACCGAAAUAUUCCGUACCCUCUCCGGCCAUAAGAAAGAAAGUUUCAUCAAACUCGGUUUCUACCUCGUAUCAUUCUUCUACUACUUAUACCGCAUGAUUCUAGCUCUCAUCUCUGAAAGCGAUUGAUCAGCCUCUCUCCCAGCGGAAUCUUAUGACGUGUCAAUGGCGAAGGAGUGAGCCGAGUAUCUGUGAAUGAAAACACGGAGUGGGCGGGACGGUCCGUUUCGAGUACGAGGUAUGUGGGACGGGAUCAUUGUCGACAUGCAUAGCCUGGGCC